AUGGGGCUGGUGGAGCCACCAGAGAUGGGCAUGAUGGAGGGUGACAAUGGGGCCACCAAAGGUGACAAAGAGGCCACUGAAGGUGACAAUGGGGCCACCAAGGGUGACAAUGGGGCCACCAAAGGUGACACCGGGGCCAUCAAAGUGACAAUGGGGCCACCAAGGGUGACAACAAGGCCACAAUGGGGCCACCCCUUGCCUCCUCCCUCCCCCCCAUGGGACUGGGAUGGCCGUGUCCCCGAUGUCCCCGAUGUCCCCGAUGUCCCCGGCCAUGGCCAGGCCCCGGCUGCCAUCGGCCCUCGGGCUCCUGCUGCUGUGCCUGUGCCUCCCAGAUGCCUCCGGCCGCUGCGACCCCAACUCCCAGUUGGUCCCACUAACGGCCGGGGUGGAUCCCUGCAAGGAUCCCACCGGAUUCCUCAGCCCCCAGCUGGGCGGGGGCACAGCCGGAUCCUACGGAGGCGGAUCGGGAUCCUAUGGGAGUGGAUCGGGAUCCUACGGAGGCGGAUCGGGAUCCUACGGCGGAUCGGGAUCCUAUGGAGGCGGAUCGGGAUCCUAUGGAAGCGGAUCAGGAUCCUAUGGAAGCGGAUCGGGAUCCUACGGAGGCGGAUCGGGAUCCUACGGCGGAUCGGGAACAUCCCAGGGGGGUGGAAAGUUUCCAGGAUCCUUUGUGUCUCCGGGAUCUUCUGGGGGCAGGCCGGGAUCCUAUGGGAUCAGACCAGGAUCCCACGGGGACGGCUCGGGAUCCUUUGUGUCGCCGGGAUCUGGUGGGCCGUUGGGAUCCUACGGACACGGGUCUUACGGGGGCGGAUCGGGAUCCUACGGCGGCUCGGGAAUAUCCCAGGGAGGUGGAAAAUAUCCGGGAUCCUUUGUGUCACCGGGAUCUUCCGGGGGCAGGCCGGGAUCCUAUGGGAUCAGACCGGGAUCCCACGGGGACGGCUCAGGAUCCUUUGUGUCGCCGGGAUCUGGUGGGCCGUUGGGAUCCUACGGACACGGGUCUUACGGGGGCGGAUCGGGAUCCUACGGCGGCUCAGGAAUAUCCCAGGGAGGUGGAAAAUAUCCGGGAUCCUUUGUGUCGCCGGGAUCUUCCGGGGGCAGGCCAGGAUCCUAUGGGAUCAGACCGGGAUCCCACGGGGACGGCUCAGGAUCCUUUGUGUCACCGGGAUCUGGUGGGCCGUCGGGAUCCUACGGGGGUGGAUCCUAUGGAGGAUCCAGUUCGGGAUCCUACGGAAGCGGAUCCGGAUCAGGAAGACCUGGAUCCCAUGGGGGCAGCGGAUCCGGAUCGGGCAGACCUGGAUCCCAUGGGGGCAGCGGAUCUGGAUCGGGCAGACCCGGCUCAUCUCAAGGAGGAUCCAGUUCGGGAUCCUCUGGAAGCGGAUCAGGAUCAGGGAGACCCGGAUCCCAAGGAGGAAGUGAAUCUGGAUCCUAUGGAGGCGGGUCAGGAUCCUACGGGGGAUCCGGAUCCCAUGGGGGAUCCACUUCUUAUGGAGGACCUGGAUCCUACGGAGCUGUGCCGGAAUCCAUCAGGGGAUCCUACGGAGGAUCCAGUUCAGGAUUUGGCAGACCCGCAUCCCAGGGGGGCAGCGGAUCCGGAUCGGGAAGACCCGGAUCCGGAUCGUACGGGGGAUCAGGCUCCUAUGGGGGCAGCUCGGGAUCCUAUGGGUUCCCUGAUGUCUACGGGGAUGAUUCGGGAUCUUACGGGGGAUCGGGAUCCUACGGGGGUGGAUCAGGCUCCU